AUGUACCCCCAACCUCCUAAAAGGCAACAAUUCUACUUCCUCCUUCCAUCUAGUUGGUUCUUGUUUUCCAUCUUCCCGAUUAAGAAGAGCAAUUCUACAUCUCUUGGUUUAAAAGUAACAUACCCUAAGCGCAGAGAUGCGAUCGUGAAGAAAGCCACAGAGCUAUCUGUUCUAUGUGGCACAGAUGUUAGUCUCAUUUUGUUCUCCCCCAAGGGAAAAUUGACUAGCUUUGCUACCCACGGAAGGUUUGUGUUGCCAUGGGAUCCUUCCUGCAUUUACUCUUUUUUUGUUUCUUUUUUUUGUCACGCUCUUUUUUGGUGUUGGAUGAUACAUUGCUAG